AUGGCUUCUCCCAUCCGAGGUGUUGAUUUGAUCAGCUCUAUGCCAGACGUGAUCCUCCACCAUAUUCUCUCUUUUACUCCCAUUAAACUCGCGAUCAUAACUUCCGCCUUGUCCAGACGAUGGAGGCAUGUAUGGUGCGAGACACCUCGUCUCGACUUGUACGGAAGUUAUGGGGCUCUAGCAAUAAACCAAACCCUAAAUUCCUACAGGGCUCAGAAAAUCACGAGUUUCGAUCUUUUUAUGUACGAAUGUGUCCCUGAACCCCAGCUCGAUAGCUGGAUCGAGUUCGCUAUGUCCCAUAAUGUGGAGAAGAUGUCUUUGAGCCUCAGGGGUUUUGUUAGUAGCGAGAGUUAUCGUUUCCCAGACUCCUUCUAUCUUAGCUCCUCCUUAGAGGAACUCUGGCUGGAUUUUGUUAUGAUUCCAAGAUGCACAGUUUCUUGGAAAUCACUAAGGAGAUUGACAUUGUAUUACUCUUCUCAAUCUCUUGCUGAUAUUCUCUCUGGCUGUCCAGUUCUUGAAACCUUGAAAUUGUUUUACUGUGGUGGUGGAGCUCAGCGUCUUGAUCUGAGUAAGUCACCGAGUUUAAAAACACUGGAAAUCAUUCGCCGGCAGUAUGAUACUCCAGGGUCGAUGGAGAUUGUAGCGCCGCACGUCCGUUUUUUGGAAUUGAGAAGCACUAAGGAACCAUGUACUUUAGUUGAUGCCUCCUCUUUGAUCGAAGCUAACCUCGACAUUGACGGAUACGACAACAGAGACAUUGCUUUGGAGGCUGAUGAUUGUCUUCCACUUCAAAACAUGGUGCUAAAGAUGCUAGCGAAAUUGCGAAACGUAGAGGAGCUUACUUUUGGGACUACCUUUCUUCAGAUUCUAUCGGUCGCUGAAUUCUGUGGUGUUCAUUUCCCAAAGCUCAAGGUCCAAACUUUGACUCUCGUAACCAUGUUUGCAAAAUCUGUUAUUCCUGGUAUAACAAGGUUACUACAAAACUCACCUGGAUUAAGAAAGCUAAAAGCAUACCCAACGUACCCGGAUGGCAUAGAGGAUUGUUAUCUGGACAGAUACUUGGAUUCGCAAGGAUUGAAUCCGGGCCAAUGUUGGAGGUCCAAAUUAUAUGCGGCGUUUCCUACCAAAAGUGACUAUCAUUCUAACCGUUUUCUAACGCCAAAACUCGUGGCUUCGUUCAUAGAUGUGGUGCUGAAAAAAGUAAAGACACUAGAGACGCUAACUGUAGUGUUGGAACAUAUCCGCGAAAGGGGUGGUGCAAAAUGGUUUGAAAAGUUGCUUCGGACGCGUCAUCCAACACUUUCUAACGACAACAACGUCACCAUUCUGAUCAGAGAAUAA